AUGCUUCUGCUGCUCCCGCCCGCCACCUGGUCGUUCUUAUGUUCUUUGGAAUCGCUUUCAAAGCGGAUUUUUUCUUCCUUUUUGCUUUCCAUUGAGUGUAAAGUUCCGGACGCUUACACGGAGCCCCACCACCUAUGCCUAGUGCUUGAGAUCAUGUGCCUUAGAUCGUCUUCAGGGAACCCCAAUAGAAUCCAGGAAGCUGGGAAAGAGAAAGAGUCAAUGGUCGAUGUAGUAGAAUACCGAUUCCACAAAAAAAUCGAAUCAAAAAUCGGUAUCAGUAAACCGGUACUGGCGAUCAGGUAUCAGGAUAAAGCUGCGAAUCCUCCGAGUAGUGGGCAAGCCGACGAUCUUCGAAUUGAAUCCAACCUUCGACAGAACCGAGCAAAUCCUCGACAUGAACAGCAAGGGACGGCGAAAUCUCUGCCCAUCGGUCCUUUCUUUCUGGCUUUCAGUGCAGUGCAGAGGCAACCACCGCUAGCAUCAGAAGUAGUGGAUGAACACCGGCGCAACGUCCAACUCGUUAACAUAGCCAAUCCUCGACAGGCGAAAGAUAAGGUUAUUGGCGAAAGUCCUGUCUACGCGGGCUACGAGCUAAGGAAGGUUCUGUCUUUAGAUGUUCUUGUUGUUCCUGUUGCUAAUAGGGGUGUCACCACCGGUGACGGGUCCCCCGAUCAUGAUGACCAUACGUCUAGGCGAGGAGUUAGGGAGUUAGAGUUCUUCUGGGCCCAGCUAGAAUUUGACUAA